UUCACAAUCCUUCCCUGCCAAUUUCCAUUAUUUAAAGGAAACACAACUUCAAUGGAAGUCUCCCUCACCGCCCACGAAAUAACAGCAAGGCUUUCCACUCUCCCACCCCCCACACACGCGCGCACACAGACACAUUUUUAAAACAUACAAGUACGCCACCUUCCAAUCGUCUCUAUUCCGGGGAACCUCUGCUCUUCCAUCGACUCCAUCUCGCUGAUUUCUCUGAAACGAAGUUUUCCAACCUGCUACCAGUCGGAACUCCUCGUGCUUGCUUGAUCUGUCCUAGAAUGGCCUUGAAGUUGGGGUCUGCGAGGCUCUGGGAGACUAAUGCGAUGGGAUUGAAUCAUAAGGCCCAUAAGAGAUUAGCAGCGCUCCAUGGCGUCGAUGUUAGAUCCAGCAUCCUUAAGCCGGUUCAAGCAACCGCUGGUUACUCUAGCAUUGCUACGUCAUUGAUUAAUGAUUGUGCCAUCAUUUCGGGAAAAAAUUCCCACAAGAUGACAACCAUAGGGAAGUCGACGAACAUCGUAUGGCACAAAUGUGCAGUGGAGAAAUUUGAUAGGCAAGAGUUACUUCUGCAAAAAGGGUGUGUCAUAUGGAUAACCGGUCUUAGUGGCUCAGGAAAAAGCACUUUGGCUUGUGCUUUGAAUCGAGGCUUGCAUUCGAGAGGAAAGCUGGCCUACAUUCUUGAUGGUGAUAAUGUCCGGCAUGGUCUAAACAAUGAUCUUAGUUUUAAAGCAGAAGAUCGUGCAGAAAACAUACGAAGGAUUGGCGAGGUAGCAAAGCUAUUUGCAGAUGCAGGCAUCAUUUGCAUUGCUAGUUUGAUAUCUCCCUUCAGGAAGGACAGAGAUGCGUGCCGUGCAUUAUUGCCAGAAGGAGAUUUCAUUGAGGCGUUUCUGGAUGUGCCACUGGAAGUGUGUGAAGCAAGGGACCCAAAGGGACUGUACAAGCUUGCACGAUCUGGAAAGAUCAAAGGUUUUACAGGAAUUGAUGAUCCGUAUGAACCUCCAGUAAAUUGCGAGAUAGUGAUACAGCAGAAGGGAGAGGACUGUAUCUCCCCAUGUGAAAUGGCUGAAACAGUGAUAUCUUACUUAGAGGAGAGAGGCUACCUGCAGGCCUGAUAUCUGGGAAACGCCAUUCACUUCCUGCUUGCUGAUAUGCUUCCUUUCACUUGCAAUGUAGUUUGCUGCAAAUAAAGCGACGUUGCUCUUUGCCCACCGUGAUCAGGAAACAACUUGUUUUCUGUGUUUGUUGAUCUGUUCUUCAAUAAGGUUCCUCCAAUUUUAGAUAAAUUAAUCGCUCGAUUAAUUAAUGUCGCUACUCAAUUGUGCUCUGGUGUGUAUGAUGUAUGUAUCAUUUGGUGACGAGGACAUUAUUAUUAUGCAAUAACAAGUCAGCCCACCUUGCAGAAA